CCGAGUUCUCGUCUCUAUGGAAACUCCAGAUAGCUCCUAGCUUUGAGUUUUUACCACCGAGGUUAAUCAUUUGUUUUCAGGCAUUAAAUUGUUCUUAUAUCAUUUUGUGAGGAAGAGUUAGCCAGUUAACUGACUUACCUAGCUAAAAUGUAGAAGAAACGACAUAUCUGUGUGGCCCGGUGCUCAGGAAAAGCGGCUGCUAACGAAGCAUAUCGCUAGCAAAGUGCUGAUCUUUACUAUCUAGUAAUCCGUCAUGUCAGACUGGUGUAGCAGUGACACCGGGGAGGCUGUCUACCGGUCUCUUGAUGCUAUUAAAAACCUGAGAAUAAGGCUGUCCUUUGAGAGGGUGACCACCACGGCGACUCUGUCCCAGCAACUCCAGCAACAAGUUCUGUCCCAGCAUGAUGGUGGACUCAUUGAACUAGUACCCCUCACCUCGCAAGCCCAGCCUGGCGAUAACAAGGAGGACGUCAUUGUUGGCUGGCAGGAGAAGCUUUUCAGUCAGUAUGAAAUGGAGCUGUUCCAAAACGAGGCUGCGUGUCAGAGCCCGCUAGACCGGCAGUACCACAAAGAGGUCACGGCCCUGACCAAGGCCAAGGGCCGGAAAAACCGCAGGAUUUUCACCUACACUGAUUACGAUCGCUACACCAACUGUCAUCCGCUCCAGCAAUUGCAGAAGGGCAGCGAUUUACUCAACACAACCCAGACGAAACCCACCUUCCUGGCUGAAAGGAUGGCCACCGUGCGACACCGAAGGCAGGACAGGCGAACCAUGGACUCCAGUUUCCCCAAGACCAAGAUCGUCAACUGGGAACCCAGCGAUGAGUUCAAGAGGAACAGUCACGAGGUGAACAACAUCAUGCAGACAAUGCACAUCAUGGGAGACCUUGGCCCUCCUGGAAGGUUGGGCCAGAAGGAGAACGAAUGUUUGUUGUUCACCGUAAAAACAGACGGCAAUGGCACCAUCAUCGUAAAACCUGACUUCAACAAGGGCAAAGAACCCUAUAGGAUAACAACCAUUGGGACCAACAAAGAAAUUUGGCAUCUCACAAUCGAGAAUGUAUCGGCAACCAUGAAAUCAGAGGAAAAGGAAAGGGAGCAGCACUUAUACAAAGAUCUCUAUGUGAGGCACAAGGAGUUCCCAAACAGCCUCGUCGGACAGGACUUUGAAAUGCCUCCUGCAGGUGUUCUGCGCUACCUGAUGAACGGAGAGAUUGUCUCUGCCAAGGGCUUUGAGUAUGAUAAUUUAUAUGUUCAAUUCAUAAUGGAGCUGCCAAACAACUGGUCCAGCUUGCCAAUGCAGUCCCACUCUGGCGUCACUCACAGCUCUCGGACCAAAUCAUUAGGGAAGGAUAAUGUGGCGUACUUCUGCUACCCCUUCACCUUUGAGGCUUUCUAUAUGAGUGAAAAUGAGAACGAGGAAUCAGUUCCCCAAUGGCCGGUGUUGUAUUUUCAGGUUCUCUCACUGGACUCGUGGCAACGAUAUCGAACCGAAGGCUAUGGGUACCUGCUCUUUCCCUUCACGCCUGGUAAACACACGCUGGCGUGUCACACGUGGAGACCGCUUCAGAUGGGCACAGUUUCGGCACUAAGGCGCUUCUUCAUCGGAGGUUCCCCGGAACUGGAGGACCACAGCUACGUGAGGAUUCCAGGACAUUUCAAGGGAGAGAGGCUAAGUCGCUUUGGGUUUAGUACCGAAACCUCAGGAAGUGUGACUUUUAAUCUUCACUGCAUCCAGCAAUCCAGGGCUUUUGUGGAUUCCACAACAUCGAGGAGAAGGAGGCAGCACAAUUUCGACCAGGCCCAAGGAUUUAAUCAUCAUGAUACUCUCUCAAGCACCAUGGAGGCGUUUCAACGGGCCAGAAGAAAAAUGCAAGAAGUCCGAGAAAGUCUUCCCAUAGACCUCAUUGCCUCCGUCUCCCAAAUCCAAAUAUGAUCAUCUGAUAAUUAAACAAUUCUAAAAAUGAUAUAGGGCUCUUAUUUUGAACAGAGAGUAGAAAGUCAUACACUUUACAGUACUGCGUUUGCAGUUACAUUUUUAAAUGUAUAUGCUUUUGUAUAUGUUAAAUAUGA